GCCGUGGGGGAGACUGCGCCUAUAAAGGCGGCGGGCUCGGUCCCGGGUCAGGUCUCCUGCGCUCCUGACCUGUGAGUCUCCUGUCUCCGCCAUGGCUCGCACGAAGCAGACGGCGCGCAAGUCCACCGGCGGCAAGGCCCCGCGCAAGCAGCUGGCCACCAAGGCUGCCCGCAAGAGCGCGCCGGCCACGGGCGGCGUGAAGAAGCCGCACCGCUACCGGCCGGGCACCGUGGCCCUGCGCGAGAUCCGGCGCUACCAGAAGUCCACCGAGCUGCUGAUCCGCAAGCUGCCCUUCCAGCGCCUGGUGCGCGAGAUCGCGCAGGACUUCAAGACGGACCUGCGCUUCCAGAGCUCGGCCGUCAUGGCGCUGCAGGAGGCGAGCGAGGCCUACCUGGUGGGGCUGUUCGAGGACACCAACCUCUGCGCCAUCCACGCCAAGCGCGUCACCAUCAUGCCCAAGGACAUCCAGCUCGCCCGCCGCAUCCGCGGGGAGCGCUGGAACUCGGCAAAUAGGAUCGAGAUCUACCCAAUCAGACUCCGAGCCCAGAAACUCUUGUUUUUCUGGCCCAAUCAAGGCGAGGAUAAGUCUAUAAGUAUUGGCCACCGGGCGCCUGCGAGCCCAAGUCGCGGAGACAUGGCUCGCACGAAGCAGACGGCGCGCAAGUCCACCGGCGGCAAGGCCCCGCGCAAGCAGCUGGCCACCAAGGCUGCCCGCAAGAGCGCGCCGGCCACGGGCGGCGUGAAGAAGCCGCACCGCUACCGGCCGGGCACCGUGGCCCUGCGCGAGAUCCGGCGCUACCAGAAGUCCACCGAGCUGCUGAUCCGCAAGCUGCCCUUCCAGCGCCUGGUGCGCGAGAUCGCGCAGGACUUCAAGACGGACCUGCGCUUCCAGAGCUCGGCCGUCAUGGCGCUGCAGGAGGCGAGCGAGGCCUACCUGGUGGGGCUGUUCGAGGACACCAACCUCUGCGCCAUCCACGCCAAGCGCGUCACCAUCAUGCCCAAGGACAUCCAGCUCGCCCGCCGCAUCCGCGGGGAGCGCGCUUAGGUUGCGGUCUUUGGGAUGUCGACAGAAAAAAGGCUCUUUUCAGAGCCACCCAUGUCGUC